CAACCAGAUAUAUCCGCGAAGUUGCUUCUGGUUUGAUUUCUCCAUUACGACGUCACGCUAUUCAUCCCUCGGCGGUCGGUUCACAGGAAGAAGGCAUUCCACUAUGUAUAAGCUGCUCAUCGUAUUUGCUCUAGCAGGGGUGAUAAUCGCCGCUCCUUCGCAGUGUGAAGAGGUUGAUGGCGAGACUGGAUUAGUUCGCCAGUGCUUUGAUGAUCUACUCGAUUCUUUCAAAGGACAUGUCAACGAAUUACGCGGAACGAUAGACGAUAUGCGCCGGACAUUCGGCGUUCUGCUUGAGCGUCGCAAACGCUGCAAUGAACUUCCCCGUGACGAUCCACCAACGAGACCGCAGCAAAUCGCUAUCAACGCUUGUGAAAAGGCAUGGCGUUUAAAUGUGGUUGCAGAACUGAAUCGUCUCACUGUCAUCAUUAAUCAGCAUAUAGUGGUAGGACGUGAUUUGGUUACAGAAUUCUUUGAAUGUUCUGGAAUCAGCCUACACGUCGAUCUACGUGUGGAACUGCAGCGCGAAGAGACUGGAGACGAAUCCAACAUUAUUUCUGAGUGCUUCGAUGAUCUACUCGACUCUAUUGAGGCUGAAAAUAUUGAUGAACUGGCCGGAGUCAUAUCCGAUGCUCGUCAAACAUUUGUCUAUCUUAUUGAGCGCCGUCGACGCUGCAACGAGCUUCCACGGGAUGAUCCGCCAACGCGAUUACAAGAAAUUGCAAUCAACGCUUGUGAGAAUGCCUGGCGUUUGAGUGUGGCCAUCGAGUUGGCUCGAAUUACGGCGGCCAUCAAUGAACAUGUGGAAAAUGGGCGAGAUUUGAUCGGAGAUUUUUCCGAAUGUUCGGGCAUCAGCUUGCCACAUCCAUGAGAGGAGCAGACACGUUGAUUAAUUUUUGAACAUCGUCUGCGUAAAAUUUGUUUACCUGUAUCGGUAUUUCGAUUCUAUUUUUGACAAUGUCCAUAAAUAUCGGUUUUG